GUUGCAGCCCGGUACAUGGAUGUGAGAGGGAAGAAAGGACCGGUCGGGAUGCCCAAAGAAGCCACGUGUGACCGAUUCAUGUGUAUCCAGCAAGGCUCAGAGUGUGAUAUCUGGGAUGGGCAGCCAGUCUGCAAAUGCAAAGACAGGUGUGAAAAGGAGCCGAGUUUUACGUGUGCAUCUGAUGGGCUCACCUAUUACAACAAGUGUUACAUGGACGCAGAAGCGUGUACCAAAGGCAUCACCCUCAAUGUAGUGACUUGUCGCUAUCAUCUCACCUGGCCAAAUACCAGCCCUGUCCCAGCAGAGACUACUGCUCCACCAACAACCGCUUACUUGGAGACUACCAUCACAGACAUCCUCACGCCUGUUUUAGUCAACAACCCAACCCAUCAGUCUGUCUACGUCGGAGAGACUGUAAGCUUUCAUUGUGAUGUCAUUGGUCGACCUAAACCAGAAAUCACUUGGGAGAAGGAGACUGAGAAUAAAGAGAAAAUAAUUAUGAGGCCUAACCAUGUCCAAGGAAAUAUUGUUGUCACCAAUAUUGCCCAACUGGUAAUCUAUAACACGCAACUACAAGAUGCAGGAAUUUACACCUGCACAGCCAAAAACCUUGGUGGUGCUUUAAGGGUAGAUUUCCCACUGUCGGUCCUCCAGGGAGAAGCUACUUCUCCAGAAACAGUGCAGAAUAAAACUCACUUCCCAACCAACGAGUGCCUGAAGCAACCUGACAGUGAAGACUGUGGAGAAGAGCAAACCAGAUGGUAUUACGAUGCAAAGAAAAACAACUGCUUUACUUUCAUUUAUGGGAACUGUAACAGCAAUCUCAACCAUUUUGAGACCUACGAGAGCUGUAUGUUGACAUGCAUGAAUGGCCCCAUCAACAUCUGCAGUUUGCCAGCCCUGCAAGGCCACUGCAAAGCCUAUGAGCCCCGGUGGGCAUACAACAGCUUGACGAAACAGUGCCAGUCUUUCAUUUAUGGAGGUUGCGGAGGCAAUGAGAAUAAUUUUGAAAGCCGAGAGGCCUGUGAAGAAUCGUGUCCUUUCCCUCUGGAUAGACUCUGUAAAGUCUGCAAGGCUUGCAAACCCCGGCAAAAGCUGGUGACCAGCUUCUGCAAGAGCGAUUUUGUGAUUCUUGGCCGUGUCAUGGAGCUGACAGAGGACCAAGAGUCUGGCCACGCCCUGGUGACGGUGGAGGAGAUUCUGAAGGAUGAUAAAAUGGGGCUUCAGUUCCUGGGAAGGGAGCCUUUAGAGAUCACCUUGUUAAACAUGAACUGGAGCUGUCCCUGCCCCAACAUUACGGCAACGGAAGGCCAGCUCAUCAUCAUGGGUGAGGUCUACAAUGGAAUGGCUGUUUUACAGCCAGAUAGUUUCGUUGGGGCCUCAAGUGUCCGACGCAUUCGGAAACUUCGUGAGGUCAUCCACAAGAAAACCUGUGAGCUAUUAAAAGAGUUCUUAGGACUGCACUAAUGCCC